CGCCGCAUUCUCUCUCACCACUCUCAUACGAUUACCAGUGACUUCAGAUCAGUCGCUCAUCGAACACACGCAAACAAUCCUCAUCCGCUUCGAAGACUCUGCUGGAAGUGCUCAUUGGUGCGACGGUUCCGUUGUCGGAAGGUUGCGUUACGUGGUGACGGAAGAUCCUUGAAUCCUCUCGGCAACAUACAUACAUACGACCACAAGGAAAUUACGCCAUUUGAGCCGUUCACAUGGUCUUUGAAUUCUCUCUUGGGACGUAAAUAUCCAACAACGUCGAGGGGCAAAAGACAUUCCUAACCGCCGAGAUGGCGACUAUGGACAUGGGUCCCAGACAAAGGGACACAUUACCUCCCAUCAGCCAUCUCGACUUGGAGGCUAUCAACAAUGACAAGAAUGGUCAUUCUCGCUUUUCCAUAAUGAAUGGCCUAAGUAUAUCGACCGCAUCCAUAACCAGUCCAACGGCCACAAUGUAUUCUGGACCACCUCAACCCUUUUCGUACGCACCAUCUACGGGAGGAUCAGCGUCUGGUCUAUCUGGCUAUAUCUCUCCUCCAGAAUCCACAACUAGACGAUCGACGCGGGAUGAGAAGGAAUCUCCUGGCUUGCGCAAGUCUCUACCAUCCAUCCACGAAGCUCUGGGGGACAGAUCAAUGUCUCUGUCCGGGUCUCUGUCCGCCGGCUCGCAACAACAACAGCAACCUCUUUCAACUCCAUCGACUGCCGUUGGCCAAACCUUUCCGGACGGUCCCAGAGGUCCCGCCAACCCAUUCUCCCAGUCUCAGGCUCCGCCACCAGCUCUGCGGGAUGUAUUCGGGACGACUCAAAAGCCCAUUCCUGCGCCCUUGGAGAAGCCCCCUAUACCGAACACAGACCCUCGUCAACCGGUGUCCCAACAUUUUGGCUAUCCUGGAUCCCCUCGUGCUCAUCCUCCGCCUGCCUUCCGUUCGACAUCUCUCACGAACACCUCAUUCGCGAAUCAUAACGAGCACGCCCCCGCAACCUCGCCUCAGGCAUAUGAGCCGGCGAAGCAAGCAUACCCUUUCCCACACACAAACAAGCCAGCGUCCUUGAAUAUCCCUCCACCUCAUGAGCCAGUGCAGUUCGGCGCGGAGGGCAAAAACGACCUGCAACGAUCUGCUUACCCGAGAGCCGAAGAGGCUCAAUUCAGCGAGUUCAGUGAGACUGUCAAGAGACACCUUGAUGUGUUUGACGCCGAACUCGGCUUCAAUGAGAUUAAUGAGGCAUCUGCUCGGACUUUAGACUUUGCCAGAACUUGGGCUCAACGAUUUCAUCAUGGCAGUCGCUCAGGCUAUUUUCACGAGGCGCUCCCGAGCCUAAACGAGAUGGAUGACGUCCUCCGUCAUUCACAUCGUAUCUUCGAAAACUUGUCGCAUCUGCGAGAAUUAGUCAUUGCCCAACAGACCGCCUUGUCCGAACGUCGUGCUCGUCAAGCGGAAGAAUACCAUGGUCUGCCUGAUGGGUAUAGAAACCCCGCGCUGGGUGAUCGAGGCGAGAGGGACGCCAAAAAACAACGCCGCGGUCAAAAGGCUGCACCUCCGGGCCGAUGCCAUAGUUGCAACCGUGCUGAAACACCAGAAUGGCGAAGAGGACCCGAUGGCGCGCGCACCCUGUGCAACGCAUGUGGGCUACAUUACGCCAAGUUGACACGAAAAAUGGGAGUUAACAAGGCAGCGGCUUUGACUGGGUCGAACCUUCGGCCUAAGCACCUUGACGCCACACGACCUUAGGCUCGUCGACCCAAUUGAGAGAUCGACGAACAUGACGAAUUCACUUGUUGGUACAUACUCCAUCUCUUUUAGGAGAUGACGAUUACGAU